AUGGGGAAGGAGACGGAUAUGGAGGAAGAAGGGAAGAUGCCUAGUUUGGAGGAGCACUUGGAGAGUCUGAACCUGCAGGGCGAGGAAGAAGAAGAUCUCGAUUUCUCUGAGGAGUUUGAAGAGCUGGUCAAGGAUGUUCGAUGGCUAGCCCUAUUUAGGGUUCAUGCGACGAAGCCGUUCAGCCAUGCUGCACUAUUCAGCGCCUUGCGAAACGCUUGGGCAGUGGCUAAAGAGGUGACCUUCAAGGUACUGGAUCCUAAUUUGUUACUGGUGCAACUCCAUUUCCUUGGAGAUUGGUCGAGGGUGAUGGAAGGAAGGCCGUGGUUGUUUAGAGGGGCGGUGAUCGUGAUGGAGGAAUACGAUGGCUUCUCUAAUGUUCAUGCAUACAAGUUGGAUAAGAUUCCAGUUUGGGCAAGGAUCCAAGGGAUCCCAGAGGGGCUAAUGAGGAAGCGGGAAUUGGCGGAGAAGGUGGUGAAGAAAGUUGGAGAUCCGAUUACUAUAGUGAUGAAUGAGGGCAAAAUUAAUCCUACACCAUAUCUACGUGCUAGGGUUUGGCUUGACCUGAAGAAACCAUUGGUGCGAGUGGUGCCCAUCACGCUUAAAGAAAGGAUGAAAUAUUUAGUGCAAUAUGAAAAGCUUCCGGCUUUUUGUUUUUUCUGUGGAUGUAUGGGACAUGAGGUCACUGAAUGUGGUGACGGGAUUGAUAGUAGAGAAACGUGUGAGUGGGGAGAUUGGCUUCGUGUCCAGUUUAUGCCAACGGUGCCAGGAAGGGAUGACACACGAGGAGGAAGGGGUAGAGGGAGUGGACGAGGAGGGGGAAGAGGUGAUGGAGCUGAGGAUGCUUAUGAAGACAUGGAAACAUAUCAGAGGGAUGAUGAAAAUUCUGUUGAUUCUCAGGGUACAGGAAGAGUGGCGAUGCAAGUCACUCUCUUGGAGCACCAAGACCAAAAGGAAGCAGCGAUUAGUCCACUGCAAGAACAGGAGAAGAAAAGGCCAAGGAGGAGUGAAGGUGGGAACGAUAGCAAUGCUACAAAAAACAUUAUAAGAUCGGCGCUCUCCUUUGAGGAGAGUGACCGGGCGCAAUGA